GUCCCACUUGAGAAGAAUGUGAACGCUAGAAUUUCACCAGGCUGCCUGCAGCAUCUUUCACACACUUUUCAGGCAGUGCAGCCAGGUUGACAUCAUGGUGUCCUUCAGCAGAUGGGAAUUCUUCCUAGAACUGGCAGAAAGCUGUGUUAUACCCACUGUACAGCAAGGAGUGGAACAGGUCGGACUUCUCUUACUCAUCUGUCUACUAUUCCGACUUCUUUGUAGGCUAGACUUGCCAUCACCUGUAAAACACCUGGGAUCAGUGGUAGGAGGGCUGUAUGCCCUGCACCUGUUCUUUGAUCAAAACAUGCUGUGGGUGUUACUGCUCUGUGUGCUAUGCUACCUCAUCCUGUUCCUGAACCGUCACACAAGCAGCCGAGGCAUCUUCCUGUCCAGCUCUAUCCUCAUCUACCUACUCAUGGGAGAACUUCAUUUGAUUGACACAAUAACCUGGCACAAAUUGAGAGGCUCCCAGAUGGUAGUGGCCAUGAAGGCCAUUUCUCUAGCAUUUGACCUGGACAGAGGUGUGGUGUCCUCUCUGCCCUCACUUGGAGAGUUCAUGGGUUACAUUCUCUUUGUGGGAACUGUCAUCUUCGGGCCCUGGAUCAGCUACUCCAGCUACAAGGAAGCCAUUGAGAGUCGGAAGCUGAGUUGGUCCUGGUUCCAGAAGUUCUCUCUCAGCUGGCUGAAGUGUCAAGUCUGCCUCGUCAUCUCCAACUGCAUUGCCCCUUACCUUUUCCCUUACUUCAUUCCUAUUCAUGGUAACAGAUCAUUGCGCAAGUGGAUGAGUGCUUAUGAGAAUGCAGUAUCAUUCCACUUCAGUAACUACUUUGUAGGCCACCUCAGUGAAAGUACCACUGUGCUUGCUGGGGCAGGCUUCACUGAAGAAAAAGACAAAAUCAAAUGGGAUCUGAAAGUGACCAAGCCUAGCAAUGUGGAGCUGCCUCGGUCCAUGGUAUUGGUUGUGACUUCCUGGAACAUUCCCAUGUCUUGUUGGCUCAACACAUAUGUUUUCAAGAGUGCCUUAAAACUUGGCACUUUUUCUGCAAUUCUGGUGACCUACACAGCAAGUGCCUUACUACAUGGCCUCAGCUUCCAUCUUGGGGCUGUCCUAUUGUCUCUGGGCUUCAUCACCUACGUAGAACACGUUUUGAGGAAGAGGUUGGCGGCCAUAUUUAAUGCCUGUAUCCUGUCCAAGCACUGCACCACUGAGUGUUAUCAUCAGCACAAAAAGGGGCUGUGGGUGCAUGGGAUCAACCUAACUUUCAGUGUCCUUGCCAUCUUCCAUCUGACCUACCUGGGUUCUCUGUUUGAUGCUGAUGUGGAUGACUUGGCAGCCGAGGAGGGUUAUGUUGCCAAUCACACCAUUCAGAAAUGGUCCGAGCUCAGCUGGGCAAGCCAUUGGGUGGUGUUUGCUUGCUGGGUCUUCUACCGGCUCAUCCAGUGAUUUCAGAGUACUGUCUGCAUUAACCAUAACAUGAUUUAGUCAACUGGAAGAGAAUAUACAGUGGGCUGGUGUAAAACACGUAAUAAAAUGGCUCAUUCGGUUUAUUAGAAUGGAACUGAUAGUCUUCCACUGAAAUUGUAUUAUUAUAUUCCUGGAGGGAUAUGGAAGGAGUUGUUUUAUAACCGGACAUGUAUGCUAAAACUAAGAGUAUAAAAUAUGGGACUUGACCAUGUUCUACCUGAAAUAGUCUGAGAAAAGGAGAUUGUCUGACCAAGCUGCAGUUGCCUCUUUGGUCUACUUUCUGACUACAUGAUUGCUAUCAGUUCCAUGAGAACCUUCCUGCUGUAGCCUCAUUUUAAUACCAAAAAGCGAAUUCCUGUACAUUUCAAACUUUGGUCACCAUGUGUAAUAACCAUGUGGCUGGACUAUUCCUGUCCCAUAGGAUAAAAUGGCAUAAACACACUUGUCUGGCGUUGGCUAUCAAUUCAACCCUAUUGAUGGUCAUAGGAUUUCAGUAUUGAGGUAUGAGAACAUACCUGCCAUCCUAAAUGGGUUUGAUACUAAGACCAACCACCAUAUCCCACAGCAUCAUUUGGGAGUGGCCUGGUCUGGUAAGAGUACUGUUGAUGCUAGUACUAGUAGCACAUUUUAAAGAUAUUGGUAUGCUGGUUCAUUGCAGUGGUGGUCACAAUAAUCUUACAUGUAACAUUAUAUCUAUACAUGUUUGAAAUGACAAAACAGGUUUUCAGUUGUUAUUAUGUUGUUUUUCUAUUAAAGAUAAUUUACUUUU